AUGGCCAGACAUUCGGCGGACCAGCAAGCACUCGUGUCAGUGUCUCGGGACACAUCUCGGGUGGGUGAGUGGACCGGUUCAUUCGUCCCUUCACAUCAGCCGGACACUUCUGCCUGGCAAUCGCCGCCGCCGCCUUUCACAAUUGAUUACGGCGAUUAUUGCCCAAGAGGGUUUUCUCACUUCAACGAUGGAUCGCCCAAGGCGUUCGAACCAGCAGACUUCGACUCAACAGAAGAUACUGUCUUUUCCGGUGGGAACGAACCCAAUCCGGUAGAAGAGGGUAUCCUCGACCCAGACUUAGUUGACAAACUCCAAAUCGACGUCGCCGACCAGUACCUCAUCGAACAACGCCUGCAAGAUCAGGACUGGGAUACGAUCAAGAGUGGUUUCGAAGAUCGAUUUGGCGUUUCUUCGUCGUCGAGCAAGUCAGCCUUGGCCAUGAGAGUAUCGCGACGAAGGAAGAAGCACAGUGAGAUCCGCUCGCUAUUCGAGCAGGCGACUCUGAAAAAACGGUCCAAGAGACAGCAAGGCAAGAAACACAGUUGGGAGACGGGGGUUCAGGAUAGGCAUGUGCGAGCGGAAGAGACGAUAGGGCUGGAGCAUGAGGCAUGCGCGGAGCGGACGCCAAGGGAACGACGUGGAAGGCCCCAAGACACUUCGCCCGAGACCUGCGACCAGGAGCUCACACACUGCAUAACGCCAAGGGAAGCCGCCGCGGCUGCCGAUAUGUUGCUGGCAUUUCUCGGCCAGGCCGAACUGCGAGGAGUGAUGGCCCAGGCGGACUGUCUGUCGAUUGUAAGGGUCAGGAGUCGUUUGCGGGAGGAGGCCUAUGUACGAUGCAGGUGA